AUGGCUCCCUACGAUAGCGAAUCAUCCGACGACGGCGACGACGACUACUCGACGACCAAUGUCGUCCUCGGCUAUGCCACAACUGAUCCCACUGGCGAUGAAGUCAGCCACGUUGGUGGCCAUCCCAGCUGGCUAGAUCCAAAGCACCCUCCUCCUGCCACCCUCGCCAAAUGCAAAGUCUGCAACGGAUACAUGUCUCUUCUGCUACAGCUUAAUGCAGAUCUCCAACAGCAUUUCCCUCACGACGAACGACGUCUUCACGUUUUCUGCUGCAGGAAGAAAAUCUGCUCGAAGAAGAUUGGCAGCAUCAGGGCUUUCCGAGAAGUCAGGAAACCCGAACUGCGGGAGAAGAGAGAGCCACAGCCGGCCGUAGACACACAACCACAGAGGCCGCUUCAGGACCUCGGGACUGCUCUUUUCGGAGGGAGUGGCCCGUCGUCGACGCUCAGCGCCGCGAAUCCUUUCUCCACGUCCAGCUCGACUGCGCAGGCACCUGCAAACCCCUUCUCCUCGCUAGGGUCUCCUUCGGCGCUGGCUGCGAAGCCUCCACAACGACCCGUUGACGACCCCGCGCCUCUCACUCAGUCGUUCGCCGACAAACUCAAGAUCGGCUCGGAUCCAGAUCCGAAACCAAACAAUGUCGAAGUGACAGAACCAUGGCCGGAGACCUCCGAGUUUCCUCCUCCAUUCACCUCAUUUUACCUAGAUGCCUACCCCGAAGAACUGGAAAAAGAACCGAUAGAGCUUACCAAAGCGGAAGCUUCAAAGACACAGUAUGACAUGGAUGAUAGUGGAGGGGCCGGCGCCGCGGGCAAGGACGACUUCGAAUCAGCGCUGGAUAAGACGUUCCAGAAGUUUUCCGACCGAAUAGCGCAGAAUCCAGAACAAGUUUUGCGGUACGAAUUCAAGGGCGAACCGCUACUUUAUUCCGGGACAGACGGUGUUGCUUCUCGGUUCGUGGUGCCGCAUGGCAAGUCCGGCGCGGUGAGAGGAAUGCCGAGGUGCGAGAGCUGUGGUGCUCGCAGGGUUUUUGAAUUGCAGCUCGUUCCUGGCUUGAUCUACGAGCUGGAAAAGGACGAAGCAAUGGACUUAGAAGACGGAAUGGAAUGGGGGACCAUCAUUGUCGGGACCUGUGCCAAUAACUGUGGUGAGGCUGGGAGCGUAUGCUUCCGAGAGGAAUGGGUCGGCGUCCAGUGGGAAGAAAGAGUGGCCAGAAAGUAA